AUGGGGGUGAAGAGGAGCCUUCAGACGGGAGGCAAUUUGCUUAAUCUCUUGACCAGCAUCCUCACAGUACUGUCCACUGCUACCAACUACUGGAUACGACAGCAGGGGGGCCACAGUGGUCUGUGGCAGGAAUGUACCAAUGGCGUCUGCUCCAACAUUCCCUGCCAGAACACCCUGGCGGUGACUGCAGCAUGCAUGGUGUUGGCAGCGACCUUCAGUAUCGUAUCUUUGGGGAUGGGGAUGAGGAUUUGGUGUCAUGAGGGCGAGUCACUGCGUAGCCAGAAUGCCAUUGUCUUACUUUUUCUCAGUGGGCUGCUGCUGAUGAUUGCACUGAUUGGAUACACUGCAAAGAAUGCCUGGAAGCCAGAAGUCUUCUUCUCCUGGUCCUACUUUUUCGGAUGGCUGGCUUUACCCUUCUCAUUUCUUGCGGGCUUCUGCUUUCUGCUGGCGGACAUGAUCAUGCAGAGCACCGAAGCUAUCAGCGGGUUCCCAGUGUGCCUGUGA